AAAUAAUCUUAAUACAGUUCCAAGAGCCCAAGCAGUAUUUUUGCUUGUGGUAUAUAAAGGGAAGAAAGGAUCUUUGAAAAACCAUCAGCCUCCACAACCCAGUCGUGAACCUUAACAUCAAGAAAAUUAUGGAUAAUGAACUUCAUACUAAUUUUCAGAAGAAUGUAAAAACUUUUAAAUAAAGCUUGCUCUGAUUUCAGUAUUUCACAAAGCCAGGAAAAUGUAUUUUUCUCAGUCAAAACAAUUUUGCUCUGUGCCAUCUGACACCCCAGCAAAGUGACACCUAGUGACAAGAGAGGGCUGUAAGGUUUCGAUAGACUUCUAGGAAGUGUUUGUCAUCCCUGAACUAUGCUGGGCAUCACAGCCUUUGACAGCCUCUGUCCUCAUGAACAGGUGAUUCACAUUGUCUAAACAGUGGUUAAAUGCAGAAGCAGCUGCCAUAUGAGCAAUGCUAUCCUGUAUAUUGUUUACUGAAUUUAACUGAUCUCUGAUAAUAUCCAGAUGCUUCAGAUUGUCCGAACAGUGGUUAGAAUGAAGCAGAAGCUGCCAUACAUAUAUGUCUGGCACUAAUUUAGCUUCAGGGAAGCAUCCAAACUACAAUUCUUCAUGCAAGAAACAAUUUAUGAGCUGCCAGAACUUCUGAACGCCUUUCCUAUCAGCUACCUCUAGCUUUACAGCAGGAAUGAAUCAUUCCCUCUGCUUUUCACAAUAAACCCAAAGAUCAAUUACUCAAGGAACAGCACAGCAAACUGCAGUAAGAGGUUUCCAGCAAACUACAUGACGCCAAGGGCAAAAUGUUUACGGACAAAUAGUGGCUUUUCAACAAUGCUGUAUGAUCAAAAAUCACUUUAGAGUGACAUUCAGGUGUUACAAACUGUGGUGAUGCUGAGUGUUCACGUGCCUGCUGUCUCAUCAGAAUUUGCAGGCUGGAGCUUUGGGGGCUGCCCGUGCAGUACCUGAGAAAAAUGAGGUAUCACCAGCAUUCAAAAGGGCUGCUUACACAAGACAGAUGCUGUUAUAACUAGGAUAUGCUGAGGAAUAUACUGUCAUGCUUGAUAAUUCAUUGGCAGACAGGCAUAAGAAACAACACAUUUUUGUUUUCAGUCAGGUUUACAUCCUGUGCAUGGGGUUCAAAUGGAAAACUCCAAAGGACUUGCAGACAGCAAUGAAUAAGAGAUACUGUAUCACCUUCUGCAUCUCCAUCAUUUAUUUACAAUUAACAUACCCAGAUUUUAUAAACUGAGUAUAUUCCACCCUUUUCCCACUCCUCCUUUCCUACCUCCAGUUCUCCAGAGAAGCGUGCUCAAAGCACAGAGAUCACAGUCAGAAUAAUUCUGAUUGAUAGCACAAAGGAAUGUUACUGCUUUUGCGGAGCUGUGAAUGUUUAAAACAUGCAUUGACAGGGAACGUAUUAACAUGCUACCUGCUGCUGUGCAACUUCUAGAAUAGGACAAGCACUGAAUAAGAAAGGCACAAUAACUCAAAGCCUGCAGCCAUUCUUUGCAACAGGAAUGGAAGGAAUUUUGUUGCAAAGAAUUUUAAAAGCCACUUGAUGCAGUUGGGAAAACAAGAACAUGAAAUGUGAAAUAGUUUUGUUCUUCCUAGGACUAGGCCUGCUGCAGUCUCUGCAAAGUGUCUGUAUGUCAUCCAAUGGCAUACAACAGAUUGAUCUGAAUGAUUUUCAGAACUGUUCACAGCUGAAGGACAUCAACUUGCAAAACAACCAGAUAACUAAAAUUCAUCCAGACGCCUUCAGGGAGCUCAACAAAUUACAGGUGGUGGAUCUCCGCGGAAAUGCUCUGACCACCACUCUACCACAGAUAUUCAUCAGUUUGAACUCCUUUCAAAUUGAAGUGGAUUUGCCAAAUAAUGCCUGGAUAUUUCACUGCAGACUGAAUGCUUUCAAACAUUUCAUUCAUUUUCUUUUUGACCCCACGAGGAAAAAAAUGAGUAUUUCAUAUAAUAAAUCUGCAACCAGCUCACAGAAACCUCUGCUCUAUCUUUCAAGUUGGCAUUUAAGCUGCAGCGACAGUGUUUUGCUCAAGAGGGCCGUCAUCCCAAGAGGGAAGACACUGGUGCUAAACUGUAACUUGGACAACACAAGGGGUAAUAAUAAUGGAGCCUCUUGGUGGACACCUAAUGGCAGAAUUUCAAGAGAUAAUAGUCUUCCUCACGUGAUACUGGAUAAAAUGAAUAAUUUAGUGAUAUACAAUGCUGAGAAAACCGCUGAAGGGUUAUAUUUGUGUAUUUCUAAUACAACAAAGAAGAAAUAUCUCAUCUAUGAUAUACAGGUGAAAGAAAGGGGCUCACCAUUUUUGGUUCGCAAAGCCCGGGAUGCUAACCCUGCUUUUCGACAAGGGAGAACAGAGCAAGACCUUGCACUGGCUGUCUGCCUCUCGGUGCUCAUUACGUUUGUUUGUGCUUUUUGCCUGGGUGCUUUUGCUAGACCCUACCUUGGAAGCCUGUGGCGACUCAUGUGCAGGAACAAGAAUUCAGCUUCAGAACACACUUAUUCUAACCAAGCUUUUUCAGAUGAAACCUUGAGCAGAGAGUGCUCUGCAAGCACAAGCAAACCAACCAAUACACAGCACUGUUUGCUCACUUGUGAUGAGGAUUCUUCAAGAAACGUAUACGUUCUUCCUGCAGAAACCUCUGCUUCGCAUGAAAAUGUCAUUGGUAGCAGUGUACGUGCACCAAAUACUGAAGAAGAGUACCAGAAACAAAGCAAUGAUGAGACUAACGUGAAGAAAAAAGCAUUUUUUUCAGACAUCAAAACUAGUAUCAGCGAUGAUGAAAAUGUAAAUGUUGAUGAUAAUGGACUGUUUUCUGUAAGGAUAGAUGACAAGAACAGCAAGGAAGUAACGCCGAGAAAAUUAAAGACUAAUGACAUUUCACUACAGAAAGAUCCAAUAUAUGCAAAUAAUGAAGCCUCCGAGAAGAGCAGGAUCCCUCCCAUACACAGGAGAUCUAAUGCUGACUCUUACUCACAUCACACCGGCUCUUCAGAUUCAGAUUUAUCCUUCAAGGGAGAAACUGGCUUUCCAUUUUCCACAAUACAAACACGUACAGUUGCACAAGAUUCUAGGAGCAGCAAGGUAAGCAACAACUUUGGUCUGCUGCAAUCUGACAUCACAAAGGCUACACCAGAUUCUCCUAAAAGAAAAGGUGUUGUUCCACAUAAUGAAACCAUGAGCACUACAAAAUGUAUGCCUGGAAGGCAAAGCUGCAAUGAACAACUUCAUCUAAAUGACAACGUAAAUCUAACCAGUGAUGUGGGAGACUUUAUUUUACCCAGUAGCUGCAAGAGAAAUACAAAUAUUGAGAAUUUAAGUGUCUACCAAACAAUAGAAAACACUCCUCUUACAGAGUAUAACUGUAAAAUAGAACCCACAAAUGGAAAAGAUGCUUCAGCAGAUAUAUUUGAUGAUAGUUCUUCAGAUGAGGGGGCUCCAUUCACAAUAAGCGACUGUAGUUCUUUAGCGGACUUUGAACUGGAACAAGCUGAUGUUAGCGACAACCUGCCGAUCUGUCAGUCAUCACUAGGGGAAGCUGAUAGGGAUAGUGGAACUGAGAAGUGCUCAACACCAACAGAGUCUGCAAACGUUGCUGCUGGACUUCAGCACGUUGGGGAAAACGAAGACAAGAACAAUGCGAAUUUCGAACCCACUAUUAAUUAUGGAUCAGACACCAUCAUGCCUGAAACAGCACCGCCUUAUGCUGACAAAUGCAGUGGCCGUGUAAGCAUGUCAGAUCCAGACACAACUAGUUCUACAAGUCAAGACAUUCCUAAUAUAUUUGAUUGCUUUAUUAAUGUGGAGUCAGGAGCACAGAACUUAGUUUCUGAUUCUCUCUGCAAUCCAAGUGCGGAUUUUGGUAACACAUUACUUUCAUUAAAACAUUCUCCCAUGUACGAUGCAGACACAGAGAACACUCCUGAAGAGGCUGAGCUGCAGCCAUAUCAGUUUCCCACCAAACCACAGCAUUCCCUCAGCUUCAGUCCCACUGGACAAAAAGAAAAUGCACCAGAGGGAAGUACAGAUGAACACACAGAUAGGAACUCCUCUGAAAAGAAUCAUGGUGAAGGGGGCAUCGCAUUGAGAAACACAUCUGAGGACAGUGAUUUCUUUUUUGCUCCCAUUGAUACUGGUUUGGACGAAAUUGUUAAAACAACAUCGCUACCGCAUUCCAGCAAUGACUCACCUCUUCACUCUCUGCCCGAACACAUAGCUGAAAAACAUCUUACGGUUAUUACAGACACAGAAGACUUGCUACCACAGGGGAAGCAGGCGAACACACCUAAGGCUCAUGCAGAUACAUCGCAAAGAGGUUUUAAUGAGAAAAACUGUGAUGGAUACACAGAAUUACAGGAUACCAGCAACUGCAGCCUGCCUGAAGAACCAGAUUUGCUGCAUCUUCACUCUUCCGGGAAAACACAACCAAUAUUCAACAGAGAAGAUUAUUUCCAACUGGAUCAGAGUGAUGAGGAUGCAUAUUCCUUCUCAGUCCCACAAGGCUUCUUCAGUGAAAGCACACAAUACAGUUCAUAUUCAUUCCCACAAACAACUACAGGGAAUACAAUCUCCAAAAGCACUGAUUCCAGCAAGGUGGAGGAUGACACUACUUUGACAGGACUGCAGAACAAUCCUACAGCAGCUGUCAACCUCCAAAAUUCAACUGAAAAACUCCAUCAAAGAGGUCAGACCAAUUUAGGACAGGGCCAGGUUUUUGUUAAGAAGAAAAGAGCAUUUGAUGGGUUUGCUAAGGUUUUGGAAAGCAGGAGAACAAACUUCAAUAGCUGAGACACAAAAACAUAAUAGACCAAGCUUCCACAGUGUUUAUGUCAUACAGUAGUUGCAAAAAUGAUUGUGUCUUAGGAUGAAGUGUGUAGCUUUUAAUAACUGUUAAGUACCCUGGGUUUGUUUUGCUGGGGUUUUUGGUACCCCUCAGUACAACUAUCUAUCUGCCUUUGAUUUCAGACAGCCAAGUUAUGGAACUAGACUUUAUGUCCAAUUUAAAAACACUGUAAUUCCAAAGGGUAAUUCAGGUCAGAAGCCAUGGACUUUUGUUUAAAGGUACUUGUUAAAAAAAAACAAAACAAGAAUAGAUUUUAUGAAAAACAACUCUAGGAUACUCAAAUGAGUAAACUACUCAGUAGUUGUAACUGAUAAUAAAGCUUCUGCUGAUUUAUAAUAAUAUAUAUUUACUUUCUUAUUAUACUAUUAGUUUCCCUUUAAAUUUGCCUUUAAUAUGCUCUGGUUUGUUUCCCUUUGCCUAAAAUAAAUGUAAUACUGAAAUU